GUUUGCAAUCAUUUACCAAACAAAUCAGCUUUUCUUCGAGAGAAACUGGGCCGUAGAUUUACACACAAAAACAGUCGGUAUAAUUCCUCAUUAGUGUUUAAUCUGCGGGUCGGUCCUGAGAGCAAAUAAACCCUUAAUGUCUGGUUUCACAUUUCUGAGGGUAUUACGACUUUAGAGAAGAAAUGCGUUGUUUUGAAGUGUUUAAUGUAGUUUAUAUCCGUAACCUCUGGCACAGAAGCUCAGCAGGUCUGAGUCUGAAGGUUAGUGAGUGUGCAGUAGGUUAGGGGUCAGUAUUUGCCUCGUCAUUGCGGUGCGGCUCACUGAUCUCAGAAGAUGAUGACAGAUGAGCGCUGGGAGAAACUGAUAAUAAAACACAGCAGAGAGAGAGAGACGGGCACUCGCACUGAAUGAAUGAGACAAACAGCACACAUGAGGGCCAGAAAGAAAGAGAGCCGUGACCCGAUGCACUCCAUGCGGGUUUCCGUUCAUGGUGUCUCCAUGUUCUCCUCCAUCACCAGCUCCAUCUCCGACCCGCGUUUCCGCUUCCGAUGGCGAGCCAUCACGGUGACGACCCUCCUGGCCUUGGCCGUCCUCGUGUACCUGCACCAAACCUCAUCCAGCUCCACCGAGAGCAGAGCUAGCGGUCAGCGCUCGUGGCGAUCCAGCCGAGACGUGUCAGGCGCAGAGGCUGCAUCGGUGGACUCGCAUUAUAACGACACGUACCCGCUCAGUCCACCGGAACACACGGCCGGCGGGAUCCGUUACCGGAUCGGAGUCAUAGCAGACCUGGACACGAACUCACGCAGCCAGAAGGACAACACGUGGUUCAGCUUUCUGAAACGAGGCCAUCUGCUGGUGUCCGACAGCGGGGACAGCGUGUCCGUGGAGUGGGAUCCGGAGACGGUGGUUCUGGAGAGUCAUCUGUCGGAGAAGGGCCGCGGCAUGGAGCUGUCCGAGCUGGUGGCGUUUAACGGGCAUCUGUACAGCGUGGACGACCGAACGGGUGUGGUGUACCGGAUAGAGGCCAACAGAGCCGUGCCCUGGGUCAUCCUGACGGACGGAGACGGCAGCGUGUCUAAAGGUUUUAAGGCGGAGUGGUUGGCGGUGAAAGACGAGCGUCUGUAUGUCGGUGGUCUCGGUAAGGAGUGGACGACGGUCACCGGCGAGUUCGUCAAUAACGACCCCCAGUGGGUGAAGGUGAUUGGUUUCCAUGGUGACGUGGAGCACGAGAACUGGGCCCGGUAUAACGCGCUCAAGAAAGCAGCAGAUAUCAAACCGCCAGGUUAUCUGAUCCACGAGUCGGCGGUGUGGAGCGAGCGUCUGCAGCGCUGGUUCUUCCUCCCGCGCCGCGCUAGCUCCGAGCGCUACGAGGAAACGGCGGACGAGCGCCGCGGAUCAAACCUGAUCCUGAGCUGCUCGCCGGACUUCAGUCAGAUCUCAGCGUCACGCAUCGGACCGCUCAAACCCACGCUCGGCUUCUCCUCCUUCAGAUUCAUCCCCGACACAGACGACCAGAUCAUACUGGCGCUCAAAUCAGAGGAGGACGCGGGACAAAUCGCCACGUACAUCACCGCCUUCACGCUGGACGGACGAAUCCUGCUGCCCGACACCAAGAUCGCAGACGUCAAAUAUGAAGGGCUGGAGUUCAUAUAGACACACGGCUUCAUAUGACUUCAGUGAAGUAAAACACAAGAAAACUGCAGGCAUCCGUUACCCAUAAUGCAAUGAAGCGGCAGCCAGUAUAUUUUCAGACUCAUGUUCAUGUGCUCUAUGCAGACGGAGGUCCUCAGUGAGGGACGAGACACUACAGACGCUCAGGGGACUGAAGCAACGGGAAACAGAUGCAAUAAUAGAGGAAACCUCUAACAAAAACAGAACAGGGUUUCUGCGGGUUUGAAAACAUCCUGAGUCAUGUUUUUACAAAUUAAGGCCUUAAAAUGUCUCGGUAACAAUUUACAAUAAGGUUCAUUUGUUAACAACAUUAGUAAACAUGAACUAAGAAUGAACAAAACAUCUACAGCAUUUAUUCAUCUUAGUUAAUGUUAAUUUCAGCAUUUACUAAUGUAUUAUUAAAAUCACAAAUUGUGUUUAACAUUAGUUAAUGCAACAUGAAUAAACAAUGAGCAGAUGUAUUUAUUAACUAACAUGAACAAAGAUUAAUAAAUAGUGUAAUAAAUGCAUUGUUCAUUGUUUGUUCAUGUUAGUUAAUACAUUAACUAAUGUUAAUAAAUGACACCUUAUUGUAAAGUGUUACCAAUGUCACAAAUCUUAUAUUCAUAAAGUCAUAUAUUCAUAUAAAUAUCUAAUAUGAAAUUUGUGUUUUUGAACUCAGUCAGAUUUUUAAUGUUUUUAAAUGGAGGCUGCUCAUCAAAGCUGUAUUUAUUUGAUCAAAAAUACAGAAAUAAACUGUGAUGUUGUGAAAUAUUAUGUCAGGAUUCUUUGAUGAAUAAAAAGUACAGCAUUUAUUUAAAAUCACUUUUUAUCCAUUUAACACAUCCUUGCUGAAUAAAAGUAUUUAUUACUUUCAAAAAAAGAGAGAAAAAGUACAAAAACUUUUUGUAAUGUGUAUUGUAACACAAGAUUUCUAUUUUGAAUAAAUGCUGUUCUUUUAAAUUUUUUAUUCAUAAAAGAACCCUGAAAAAAAGUAUCAUAGGUUCCAAAAAAUAUGAAGCAGCACAACGGUUUCCAGCUUUGAUAAUUAAUCAGCAUAUUAGAAUGAUUUCUGAAGAUCAUGUGACGCUGAAGACUGCAGUAAUGAUGCUGAAAAUACAGCUGCGCAUCACAGAAAUAAAUUACAGUUUAACACAUAUUCACAUAGAAAACGGUUAUUUUACAUUGUAAUAUUAUUUCACUAUUUUUAAUCAAUUAAAUACAGCUUAUUAAAAAUCUUACUGAUCCCAAACUUUUGAAUGGUAGUGUACAUAUUGUGUUGCUUACAUUUUUUUUUGGUCUUAAAAAGUCUUAAAUUUACAUUCAUCAAGCCUUCAGAAACCCUGCGUAAUAAAUAAAUGUGUGCGUUGAGAAGUGCACUAAUGAAAAUAACUCCAAAAAUUGUCUUACACAAUUAUUUGCCUUUAUUCAAAACUACAACACCUCGAAGCUUAUUUUAUUUAUGUUAUUUUUGCUGAUUUUAGUGUUUUUUUUAAGUGUACAAACUACACUGGAGACAUUUAAUUAAUAUUCCUUUUGAUUUAUGGAAUUAAAAGACAUUUAAAAUGAAUUUGCAAAUAAAGUUUUAUUAAUUUCA